AUGACGACGGGGGAGUGUUGCCACCUCCCGGGCUCUCUGUGUGACUGCACUGGCAAUGCUGCCCUGUCCAAAAGCGUGGAGGAGUCGGAUAACUGCAGAGCGCAGUAUGUCACCCAGGUCACAGCCAAAGAUGGACGGCUGCUCUCCACCGUCAUCAAACCCGUGAGCACACUGAGGUACUGUGGCUGAAAACUCACUUUCAGAGCUAAGCAUUUAUGAGAUGUUUAGGGCUUUCCAACAGGCUGUUAUAGUAGUAAUCCUAGUCGUAUCUGGAACUCGUGAGAGCGUUUGCGAGUAUGUGUCCGGAAAGUUAAUGUCUCACUCUCACAGUUAGCCUCAGAAUUUACGAGAAUCAGCUUAGCUGUUAAGACUGAAAUGUUAGGUUAGCCCAAGUGAUAUCCAGCAAGCUGUAGUAAGUAAACCCAGUCUAAGGACCCUGUUCAGGACCUUUCUGUUUCCUCCAGCGAUGGGCCAAUCUGCCGGAUCUGCCACGAGGGGGCCAACGGCGAGGGGCUCCUGUCCCCCUGCGACUGCACAGGGACUCUGGGCACGGUGCACAAGAGCUGCCUGGAGAAGUGGCUCUCCUCCUCCAACACCAGCUACUGUGAGCUAUGCCACACAGAGUUCACCAUUGAGCGCAAGCCCAGGUCCCUCACAGAGGUAACAAAGGUCAAUGCCUUUAGCUUGUCUGCACUCCUAUGCCUGCCUCUGUGUGUGUGUGUGUGUGUGUGUGUGUGUGUGUGUGUGCGCGGUUAUGUGCAUGUGUGUGACUGCUGCUGCUUGCUUUUGCCUUUGUCGGCAUUCCUCUGCCUGCAGUGUGUGGCGUGCAUGUGUGUGUGGUUCUGCUUAUGCUGUAUCAAAACACAUGACCAUGAUUCACUCUUCUUCUUCUUCUCUUUCUGCUUGCAUAGAUUACUCAAUGCAAACAUUGUCUUGUAGUUGCAAUACUUCUGUGUUGAUAUAGAAUUUCUGGCCUUGCUCAUGGGUCAACAACAUGAAGCUAUGUUGACUUAGUUGUGUAUUACUCAUGCGUAUUAAAUCCUGGAUAUGUUAACAGAAAUGUAGUUAGGGAGGGAUUAGGGAUUUUUUUGUUAUUUAUUGGAAUGUACCAUCAUGUGUUCAUGUAAUGAAUGAUGUAUGAACCCAGGAAGUUUAUCCCUUCAUCUACUAAUGCGUAUCUCAAUAAACCAAACCAAACCCUGAAGAAGAAGAAAAGCAGCAUGAGUCCUCCAGUGACCCCUGUUUGGCCUAUAGUGCAUGCUCAGUGCUCAUAUAGACUCAGAGGCUCAGUACAUUUUCUUUCUUUCUCUUUCUUCUCUCCCCUCUCUUCUGUCUCCACAGUGGAUGCGGGACCCGGGCCCUCGGAACGAGAAGCGCACGUUGUUCUGUGACAUGCUGUGCUUCCUGUUCAUCACGCCCCUGGCAGCCAUCUCUGGCUGGCUGUGUCUGAGGGGAGCCCAGGACCACCUGCACUUCAACAGCAGACUGGAGGCUGUGGGCCUCAUCGCCCUCACCAUCGCCCUCUUCACCAUUUACGUCCUCUGGACUCUGGUAAGUAGCCACAGAUCUAGGACCGGCUAGAACUGACCUUAGAUCAGCGUCUCAGCAACUUCAUCCUAUUUCAUGCUAUAACAUGGUUGGGGAACUAGUAGCCUGUCUUUGACAAAUCACACUUUAAAUACUUAGUGAGACAACAAGACAGUCCAAGACAGUCCCACUUAAAUUUGAUGCGUAAUGAUUUGUUUUUAUGAGUCUUUCGUCAUGCCUGUUGGUUCUAAAAAGACUUUGCUUUAAAAGACAGUAAUGGACUUUGAUCGUGUCCAUUUUGUAUUAACCAGUUGUAAUGUGUUUCAACUCAUGAAUGUGCUUGGGCAGCAGUUUUCAAACCUUACGUGUGCCAGUUUGUUUGUUUUUAGCUUUGGAUGAACAUCAAUAUUCUCUCCUCCCCAACCCCCUUCUCUCUUGCAGGUAUCCUUCCGCUACCACUGUCAGCUCUACUCUGAAUGGAGACGAACCAAUCAGAAAGUACGCCUGCUCCUUCCAGACGCGAAGGGUGGGCAUUCUAGCCAGCAUUCCUUGCUCUCCACGAAGCUGCUGAAAAAGACAGCUGAUGAGACCAUAGUAUGAGGUUAAAGGUGGGAAGAUUGAAGUUGGUGUUCUUCUUCGUGUGCUGGAGGUUUGCGGCAAAAAAACAAGUCUCCAACCAGAGCCCAAGUACUUGUGGAUGAAUAUUAUUUUCUUUUUCUGUUUAAAUCCUUUUCACCUACGUGUAUCAUCAUCAUCAGCACUUCAUUUUCCACCUCUCUUUUUUAUUAAGUCGUGUUAGCCUCUAAUGGUGUUAUAUUGAUCUGGUAAAGAAACCAGUAUGUUAGAGGUCAUUGAGUACCGUGCGGUAUGGUGCUUGUGAAGGUUUGGAAAAGGGCAGUUGAUUGGAUGGUACUCCACUGGGCCCUGCAAAGAGACGACAAAGGAUUGGACAGAUCCUCAGUGGAGAUGGCUGCUGAAGCUUUAAAAACAAACCCUAGCGUUUAAGUGAACAUUUACUCUUUUUUAUUUUCAGUUCUCCACAACCGACUAUAAAAGUGUAGCAUGGAUCGUUGAUGCUGAUCUAAGGCGAUUCAUCCAGCGGUUGAUUCCCUAAUCACUGAGCGCAGAAGUGAGAAGCUUUGACUCCUGUUCACCAGCCACAGGCUAUUCCACUAGGGGAUUAUAGAUGCUCAUGAUAUUUUAUACGCAAUUCAGUUGACUCCCUUCAAUUUAACUCCAUCUGUUUUCACCUUGGUCUGAGCAGGAAUGUUGUUCGUGAAGAUCGAGAUUGUGCAAUAAAACACAGUGGAUGCGAGUGCUCUCACAGUAUGUGACGAGACUGCUCCCAACACGCACAGUUAUGCAUGCGAUGCACUGUUUCUUUUUUCUUUUUGGGGGGAAAAAUAUUGUUUCGUUUAUUACUUUGGGGGAUUGUAAGAGAGGUUGGUUGAGCUUCCAUUGAUCUAGUGUUGCUAGUUUGUAUGUUGAUCAGGGUUUCCUCCCUAGGAGUAUAGAGAGGUCUCCUACUAUCAGCACUUAAUGAAAACUGUCCAAAUAGAGUGAGCUGACCUAUGUAGGUCUAGACGCCACUGAUGAAAAAAUACUUUAUGGAAAAGUAUAUUCCACAAACAUGAAGUUCAAACUUUUUGUGGUUGAUGGAAAGUAAGGCUGACCUUUCCAGUAUCGGAAGGUCAAGUACAGACUUACAGGAAAUCAAUAGUACAGUACUCUACUAUGACGAGAGUCCAAUGAAAAGCUUUUAGUUAGUGUGUUUUUUGUAUUGGUGUGUUUCUUUUUGUGUAGUCACGUAACAAUAGCUAGUAGUCACAUGCAGCAAGAGCAUAGAUUGGUUGGUUGAUGUUACUGCAGGUUUUGUAGCAGUUGUAUUCCCUCUGAUAUGCAGUCGACCAGACUCUGACGUCUACACUCAGACGUAUCUAUAGACUUAGACUGUACCUUGACAGUAGAAGCCAGUGUCUGGUUCUAGACCGUUAUGGGUUUUGUUGUUAUCCAUCUACCACAGCUUUAAAACAUAUGAGGUGACCUCUGGAUGAGAGAGCGAUGCAAAAACAACAUAGCUCUUUGUGUGGGUUUUGUGCAUUUGUUUUCUUCCAUGUACACUGUAUGGUCCUUUCAGAUGUCCCACUGUCUUAGCAAAGCUUCAUUUCUACAUAUUUGUAUACGUAUUGUUAAUCAUAGUGUCCUUGGUUGAACGUAAAAGUAUUGACCCUGAAUCUUAAAAGCUAUUAACAGGCCUAAAGAGAAGAGGAUUAAUGCAAAUAUCCUCCUCAGUAGGGAAAACUCACGUUAUGGUGCACAGAAGCCAAAAACCUAGGCCUAGAUUUGUUGCUCAUUUAUGUCUAUGAUAGUAGAAUUUGUUUUAAUCCCUUCAUAGCAAUCAUGCUCCUGUAUAUUGUUCAUCUGUAGGUGCAGGUUAAACUCUUCCGGUACCUGAGGGUUGAUAACCUGAAGGGCUUUGCAGUGGAACAGCUAUGCACUAUAAAGGUUUAUUUAUGCAGCUGUGAGAACCCUGGUUGUGGGAGUGGCAUUCUGAAAUCAGCUUAAACUUGAAGAAAAUGGUGAUCUCCAGUAAACAAAAUAGGAAGUCAUCCUCAGCAUAGAUGGACAAUAGUCAGAACCAGUUCAGUGUAGUGUCCUGUUGGGAGACCCAUUCUGAAAAUGGAUAGACAUUUUUUUUUAUUUGUAAAGUGGCGAUUGUCACUCUAAAGGAAUCCUCGCCUGGAAAUAAUUGUUGAUGUUGUUAAAGGGUAGAUAAUGUUGUGUAAUAGUAAUACUAGAGCUUAGUAUGAGGUUAUUUUCCUGUAUGUGUGGAGUGGAACAGUGUUGAGGAUCUUUCAGCAUGGAAAGAGUUCUUAUCUGCGUUGUCAGCGAUGGGCCACUGCCCGUGUCACAUGCGGUCUCUGAUUGGUGAGUUCACCUCCAGCUGACGUGUUGGGAGCUAUGGAGACUUUGCAAUGUAGGGUGUAGUUACAGCACGUGUGCAAUUUGAUAACUUUACAAUGCAAUUCUUACCUAUAACCUUAACAAUACGUAAUGAAAUCAGAAAGAUAAUGUAGAAGGAAGUGCAUAUGAAGGAUCAUAGCAGUUCGCUCACUUGUGCGGGCUGAGAGGGCUACGAUAGGAUGUUUGAUUUUGCUAUGCGAGUCUGUGAGUUGCCUACAAUGCAUCACUGCUCCCAGUGAAGGCAGCUCAGAGACUUGCCUUAUUAUACUCCAGUGUUAUAACCGCUAACUCAAACAGUUCCUUCUCUCCAAAGAAGCAUUGUUUCUUGUGUUUUAUACCGGUAUAUCAAAUGGCACUUUCACAAAACUAUAAUGGAAAUGAAUUCAGUGUGGUUGUUUAUAUGAUCUCCUAAUACAGACUUUGAAAGGGAUUUAAAAGUGUUACUGAUAUUUUCCCAGUUUCUGGUGUUCGGAUAUUGCUCCUCUGAUUUUGUUUUUGAUUUGAAGAUGAAACAAAGGGUCCAGGGCAUUGUCAUGCUCAUGUGUAAAAGGAACAACAUACUUGUUUUUGUUUGUUAAUGUUUGAAUCUCAUAUUAAUUUUACCACCGUUUUUAAUAUAUUCAUGUGUAUCAUUUGUAAUUUGUUUCAAUUAUUGAUUAGGCACAGGAUUUUUAUCAAUCUUAAACAUGUUUUGAAAUACUAUAGUGUUUAUGUUGUGCAGUGUGAAAAGAAAGAUGUCUUCACCAAAAUAUGUUGGUGCUUGCAAUCAGCCAAGAAAAGUGUGCAAAGCAAAUAAAAAAUGAAGCUACAGAAUGGAUAAACAUCAAUGACUCCUUUGUCUUCUUAAUGAUGCAGACACUUGCAUAUACUACACAGGCCUCUUAUUUGAUGUUAUUUCAGACUUUAUGGUUAUCUGCAUCAGU